CAUAGGAUGUGGUGCAAUCCAGCCAACUAAGAAUAAAUAUAACUGACCACCCCUCCCCCUACCUCACUGGAAACUCACUCCUCGAGUGAUGUAGAAUUGGUACUUCAUAUCUACUCCCUCCCAUUCAGCCCAUUAAUUUUUUACCGAGCCAAUCAGAGACCGUCAACAAACUGAUGACGAACGUUACUUUUGGAUAAGAUAAUUUGAUUGGCUGAUACUGACGACAGAAAUGGCGUACUUCAUUUGGGGAGCAAAAACAGUGUUCGUAUCAUUAUUGAUUAUCGAUGUGGCAUUGUUAGCUCUUGUUAUAACGAUUACAGGCAGAACAAAAACCCCAUAUCAACAAGUCCUACCUAGGAAAAAAGAGGACCCCUUACGUGCUCUACAUCGCAUCAAACCCAACAGAUCAGCACCAUUAGUUAAUGGAUGGUAUGAGUCUUGCCGUAUCAGACUGGGAGACACUUUAAUGCGCACCAAUGAAUCUUGUCUGGGAGGGAUUUUCAACGACAUCCUUCUCGUCAUCGUCUAUCACUAUCCAUUAUACGACAGCAUUCCCACCCUUACCAAGUUCUACGACCUUGCUUUUAAGAAAGUCGUCAUAUGUGGUCCUCAAAAAAAUGAUUCGUACCCAGUAAUCACAGUUGAGGUCAAAGCUGGUCAUUACGCAUAUGAAUGUCUUGGACAAGCAAUAAGAGAAAAUCCAGGCUACGCUGGAUAUAUGUACAUCAAUGACGACAUGAUUGUUAAUUGGUGGAAUCUAGGUCGCUUCAAUACCAACAGAAUAUGGAUUGGAAGCGAUAUCGAACUAGGAGCAGAAGUUGGUAAGCCAGAACCCAGAGGUAACUGGCCUUGGUGGUCCAAGAAAUCACCUGGUCUAAUGACAUGUGGACAAACGAUUAAAGAACUAGAAAAUCUUGCUGAAACAGGAAAUAUGACGAGUUUAUAUAACAUUUAUAUGAACAACAGUCGUGGUAAACGAUUAUGUAGGUCGGGGCUGUCGGACUUCUUCUACGUUCCUAAGAGAAUCGCAAAUGAAUUUCAAAUAAUUUCUAAUAUAUUUUUUAGGAAUAAAGUAUUUCUUGAAAUAGCAGUACCGACAAUACUUACAUUCCUGGACAUCGAGCUUAAUUUUGAACAUGUUUAUGGAUUUUAUCUUCCAAAAAAAUACGGCUAUAUUGAUUACAGUAACGGCAAGCUGUUCUGGACAGAAUAUAAUUAUCUGCCAUUGUACUUUAUGCAUCCAUUCAAACUACACACCAACAGAAAUCGCUUAAGUGAAUUCUUAUUUAAGACGUACGUUUAUUAUUAUGGCGAUAAAGUGAGUCAGUGUAGCAAUACGGUAGUUAAUUGAAGGGUAUAGUCGGUAUAGGCCAAGUCUCUGUACGCUUGGGAAUUGAGACGAGGGUGGUUGCUUAUAGGGAUGAUCCAGUAAUAAUAAAUAAUUCUACAUACCA